AUGGCAGCUGACGCCGACGUACCUGAAUCUGUACGAGACUCAAGAUGGGAAGCCGACUUUGAGCCCAACCCACAUGUGCCGUAUCAAACCACCAAUACGUUACUCUCAGGACGAAGACUACUGAAGCAAGAAAUAUGGACAAGACAGAAGCGACUUGGUCAUGGGGGAUUUGGUGUGGUUUGGCUUGAAAGAGCUCAUUCUGCCAAUCAAUCCUCGACCCGCCUGCGAGCCGUAAAGGAACUAAGGGUCGGCCGGGAAGACCUUCGCCGACGUGACUGUAUCCGCGAGCUUCAGGUUUUAGUCAAGUUCUCGCAGCAGAAGUUCGUGGGUUCAUUCGUCGAAUUCUAUAACUGGUACGAGAGUAACGAUGCUCUCUUCAUUGCCAUGGAGUACUGCCAGUAUGGAGACUUGAGGCAGUUCGUUAAAGAAAAUGGCGCCAUCAUCGAGGCUGAUGUACGGAAGAUCACGGAUCAAGUUCUUCAAGGGUUAAUGUUAAUGCACGAGAACAAUUUCGCUCAUCGCGACUUGAAGCCGGCGAAUAUACUCAUACAACACCGACCCCCGAAGAAUGAGUGGAAGAUCAAAGUUGCCGACAUGGGUCUCAGUAAACAGAUCGAUGUCGAGGCAGCCUCUACUACCGUCAGAGGAACUCCGGGUUUCAUUGCCCCAGAACGCAUACCUGGAAUAGGGUCGGCUACCUCUACCACAAAUCCAUUCCCAUGCGACAUGUGGUGUCUUGGUGAGGUGGUCUUCUUCUUGCUUACAAGUGAGAGGACUUUCGAUAGCUCCAUAGAGCUUCAGGAAUAUUAUAAUGGCAAAAAGAGCUUCCCAGAGGAGCGACUGAAGGCUGCUAAAAUCGGUCUGCAGGCAGUCGAUUUCAUCAAGGCUUUAAUGGCGGCGCAACCUUCCGAAAGGUUAUCGGCCUUCCAAGCCGACUACCACUCAUGGAUGAGAGAUACCGGCAGCAUGACAAGACCGCAAAGUAGGGUCUUCGGCAGGCUGCAAGAUUCUUCUCAUUCAUCUGCUUCCCAAUUUAAUGAUCCUGCUUUGGGCAAAACACACAAGGAGCUAGCAGAUCCCCCCUUGGGCAAACUUACAGUCAGGGGGAUUGUCGUAUCAAAUUCUCCACGCCAUACUAUAGACAGACAAAGCAUUCCAUCUGGCUCUUGGAACACUUCUGCAGUCCACCUUCCAACACGCUCCAGGGAUAAUUGUGUUCCAGAGCCAACAGAUCCACGCCAGGAAACGAUGACUGUCCCUUCCGGUACAUGGAAUUCUUCUCCGACAUACCAUAUCCCAGAGUCUCGAAAUGACGAGUCAACGAUUGCCACGUCUACUGAACAUAAUUUUCAGAUGCGUUCCCUGACUAGUGAGGACGAGGAGGAAUCGGAAGCAGAAACUCGAGGAUCUGAUAAUAUGACAUCGUGUUUCUUGGUCGAUCCGAAAGGAACAAUUUGGCCACCGCCGCACAUUCGUGAAGAAGAAUCAGAGAAAGAAGUAUCAGAUGAAGCAGAAGCCUACUAUGUGGUAGACAGAAUCUUCCUUGGGCCGGUAGUCAGACAAAGGAAAUAUAUGGAAAUGCUGGAGUAUGUUGUUCAAUAUAUUUACCAUGCUGGAGGAGCAGUCCCGGAAUAUCAUACAAAGUCAAUCGAAAGACUGUACUCUGAUCCUGCAUCAUCAUUGCCUGGCGAGGACGAUGCUGAGGACAAAAGUGUGUUCUUAUCUAAUGAUGAGAAACUGGAUCCUGACCGUUCUUAUUAUCUGACGAAGAACGGACUCCGGCCCUUGUGGUCAAAAAAACCCACGCAGGAUCAUGCAGACAGGGGAAGUGACAUAGAUGUCGAUGGAGGCUAUAAUUCACGCUCGCCCUGUAACGCAAGGUUACAUACAAGCAAGAGCGAAGAAGGGAGCGAAGAAGAGAUAUAG